UGUACAAACAAUGGAACUGUUGUUUCAUAUAUUUUUUGAAUAAUUCUUGUGACGACCGAUGUCGCUACUGUCAAGUUGGACUUGACGCUCGGAUGUGUACAAAUGUGCGCGUUGGUAAACAAAAAACUAAUAACUUAGCGAAAUAUAAGAAAAUAUUAGAAAGUAGAUAAUCAGACCUUGAUCUAAUCAACAUGAAUAUCGUCUGUGCUGUAUUGAAGUCUGACAUAAACGAAAGAGAUUCAACAAAUAUUUUCGAAAAGUCCUAUCAUCUUCGAGAAGUAGAUGUGCCACUGACAUGUAGCGUAGAUGCAACCAGGUAUCAUGAUCUCAAAAAUGUUUGUCGAAUCUGCGGUGGAUCAGCCGCGCAAGGAGUAGAUAUUUUUUCAGACAAAGGUAUAGAACACAGAUUAAAGGAGAAAAUAAACUUACACAUGCCUAUCUCAAUUGACACAGUGGAUCCCUCCACACCGCAGAGGUUAUGUACUGAUUGUUGCAACAAUUUGGAAAUUACACACUUGUUGAUUGUUUCGUGUUUAAGAACUGAUAUGCGAUUGAAGAGAUUGUUGAAUUUUGCAGGACAGCCAGGAUACGAGAACAAAUAUAAUACACUGGUUCAAGAAUGUUCAUUAGAGAUGGCACAGGAAAUAUGGAGUAAUGAUAGUAUGCAUCUUGACUCUAUGUUAUUUUCUGAAAGUAAGAUAGUAAAUUCUGACACCGAUGUAGCUUCAAAGAUACUAAAAAAAAAGAUGUGUUAUGGUUCACAGAAUGAAUGUACAACUGUAUCUAGAACUGAAGAUGAUAACAAUUGUGGAAAUAAACAGGAUAAUGUUAAAACAAAAUUUUCUCAGAUGCAUGAUCAUUUUCAAAGCAAUGUUGAACCAAACAAAAUGUCUCACGAAAAAAGUAUAAGAUGCGGGAACUGCAAGGAGGUUUAUCACGACAAAAGAGAAUUCUCAAAACAUAUUUUGAAAUUGCACGAAGGACAAUUGUUGUACAUGUGCACCAUGUGCGAGAAAACUUACGAGAAAUGGUCCAGCUUGGACGUUCAUGAAGCUACUCACAAGACGGACAAGCUUUAUCUCUGCGAUCUGUGCGGAAAGAGUUUCAAGCAUUCCAAUAAUUUAAGAGGUCAUAAGAGAAUUCACCUGGAUGAAUCCGUGAAGAAGAGACACGUGUGCGCAAUUUGUGGCAAUUCAUUUAGAUCACGAUUUCACUUGCGAGAGCAUAUGAAUCAACACGAUGGCUUCAGACCGUAUUCUUGCGAUCAGUGUGCGAAGUCUUUUCACAAGAGAAUCCAAUUGAGGCAGCAUAAAUUGACACACGGGUCUAACAGGCACAAAUGUCCAAUCUGCGGCGUAACGUUUAAUCGAAAAGGGAACAUGAACGCGCAUAUAAAACGACAUAAUAACGAACAUGGAACAUACACAUGUAGCGUCUGUUCGUGUAAGUGUAAGUCUAUGAGUGAGCUGCAGAUACAUAGGAAAAAUCACAGCGAGGAGGAAAUAAUUGACGGCAUUAAGAAGAAGUACACCGACAAGGAACUAUGGCGGUGCAGCGUUUGCAACAAAGUGUUCUCGAAGCGCGCUAAUUUAACGAAUCACGAGCGUUUACACAAAGGCGACAGGUUGCGCGUAGAGUGCAACGAAUGUGGCAAGAAAUUAGCGAGCAGAAGCUCGUUAAUGUAUCACAAGAAAUCGAUACAUCUGAAAGAAAGAUCGCACAUGUGCCACUACUGCGGAGACUCGUUCGUUUCGAGAGAGGCACGACUGAUUCACGAGAGAACGCACACCGGCGAGCGUCCGUACGUGUGCACGGUGUGUGGCAAACGUUACAGAUGCUCCAGCAAUCUCUGUCAGCACACAAAGAUCCACACCGGUUUGAAGCUAUACAAGUGCCAUUGCUGUAACAAGGAUUUUACGCGCAAAGGUGCGCUGAGUGUGCACGAGAGGAUUCACACGGGCGUCAAGCCGUACUCCUGUGUAAUCUGCGAUAAGAGGUUCGCGCAGAAGAACGAUAUGUUGAGGCACGCCAAGACACACAGUGCCAAAUCGACACAGCGCGACCAAAGUAAUCAGGACUCCGAACAGAGAGAUGAAGCAGAGCGUGGUGCCACGCACGAGCAGAAUGCUUCAACGAUUUCGGACUACGUCAACUCGCCACCGCAUGUUCUUCAGACUUACAUCACUCUUACUUCUUCAGAAAUAUAAAACUGUUGGAUCUGAUAAAAUCUGUGUCCAGAUAUUUGAGAGAAGUUGUGCAUCAUCUUGUCCAGUUUGCGAGAAAAAUAUCGUUACGAUUUAUAGAUGAUUUAUGUGCGAUGUGGUCUACAGAUAAAUCAUAGUAUCAUCAUAAAAAUGAGCACUUUUCUAAAGGUAACUUAUUAUAUUACGUAUGUCGAGAUAUCACACAGAGGAUUGUUUGACACGGAGUCCCCGGUCCAGGAUUCGGCAAGAGGACAGGUAGAGAAUAAAAGUCAUUGUUAUAUAUAGAAUAAUACUCUUUAUUGUUUUUGAUAGUUCUUGUUUUUCAUAUCGUGCGCUGCAGUUUGUUUUUAUUCAACUUUUGUUAUACUCAAUGUCCAGUUAAACGACUUCUUUUCGCUUUUACUGUCAGUUCUGCUGCUGCUGCUGCUAAUAUAUUUUGGUAGAACAUUAUGUGAUACAACUCCGCGAUUUUAGAACAAAGAGAAACGAAAGGAAAUGGCGACACGCCCGAUCACUCGCGCGAACACACGUGUGCCGUAUUAUUCGUCGACCGCAUAUAGGACUAGAGUAAUUGCGAUUUCUUUCUCUUUCUCUUUUUCUCAUUCGCCUUAUUCGCCGAUUGUGAUUUUUGUUUUUCUCAAUUCCUAAAUGAUCGAAGAGCACACGUGCUUUUG